GGAUUGCGCUGCCUCCAAGCAGAAACGCAGGCCUUCGUGCGAUGGAUCGAGCCCUCCGGGUCCGAAGUCCAGGAAGUGCCUUCCAGGACGACAAUGCCAAGCAAAGUCUUUGCUUGGCUACACGACGACCUGCAAGGUUUCGUCGGUCAGAUUCGGCUUUGCAUCCAGGCCGACAGCAAUGCACCUUCGAAGUUUUUCUGCGAGCUUUUCCGACAGUCUGGGAUGGUGAAAUUCGAUUUGCCCAUUGAACUGAUGGAUGGCGUCGUCACGCUGACAGCGAGUCUUGCGUUGGGCGAGAGCCCGGAGGGCCCGCAGGAGCUGCUUUGCAAAGACACGGUUCGAUUUCAGAAAUACCUUCGCCUCACACGCGAGGUUCCGAGCUGGGCGGAUGCUGCGAACCCUCUGGUCGAGUGGUGGGACCUUCAUCGAGAAGGACUCAACACCGUAAAGAUGGCGAACUACUUCGACGUCUACCACCGGCACCUCCACCAUUUCCGGGGACGUCCCACACACAUCCUCGAGGUUGGUGUUGCCAGCGGCGGAUCACUGCAGAUGUGGAAGGCCUACUUUGGCCCGCAGCUGCGAUUAACGGCUGUUGACUGCUGCCCCUUUUCAGGCAUGCGGGGCGAGCUGGAAGACCACCGGACCUCCAUCUGGAUUGGCGACCAGGCCGAUCCCGACUUCUGGCGAGAGCUGGUGCAAUCAGUGCCUCCGCCUGAUAUAGUUGUUGAUGAUGGAGGACACAUCGGCAGCAUGCAGUUAGCAAUGUUCCAAUCACUUUGGCCCCACGUAGCGCCGGGGGGCGUGUACAUCGUGGAGGACAUCUUCCUGGCCUACACCCAGGCCGGCAAUCGACAUUGGAUCGAGCGCCUGCGUGACUUGAUCGAUGAGAUGCAGACGGGACACACCGAGGAUGAAGCGUUGAAGGAGUCCGUUGGCUCAAUCCGCAGCAUCACCAUGUACCGAUACUGCUCGGUGAUCGAGAAGUACGAUGCAGGGCAGGGCCUCAAUGGCUUCGCGACAGACUGGCCGCUCUGGGCAGUGGGCGCGGGGAGUCAAGCGCCAGCACUGGAGGAGUGGCCGGACUUCCCACCCGCGAUGUCGCAUCCUGCCUGA